AAAGACACCACAGUCUGUCUUUCAAGUGAGAGAUUUCAACGCUCACUUCUCUUCUUCUUGACCCAUCAUUGCAUCUGGAUUCGGUGAUUACCAUCUUCAAAGUGUUUGAUCUCAGACUUGGACACAAGACGUCAUCAUGUCGGACACCACAAGCAGCCCUACAGAGUUGUUCUCUGUGAAGGGAAUGGUCGCACUGAUCACAGGUGGAGGAACAGGCAUCGGCCUCAUGAUGGCUCAGGCCCUCGCCAACGCAGGCGCUGCCAAGGUGUACAUCGCGGGCAGACGCCUCGAGGUCCUCGAGUCCGCCGCCAAGACGAUCAACAAGCCCGACGUCGUGGUCCCUCUCACCUGCGACGUGACCUCGCAGGACUCCCUCAUGGCCCUCGUCUCCGAGGUUGAGAAGCGCUCAGGCUACCUCAACCUCCUCGUCUGCAACAGCGGUGUCGGCGGGCCCCAGAUCACGUACAACCCCGGAGAGACAACCCUGCAGGAGUUCCGCGAGACGGCCCUUGCCAUCCCGAUGGACGAGUACGAGCAGACGUUUAGAGUCAACGUCACGGCGGUCUGGUACACGGCGAUGGCCUUCCUGGAGCUGCUGGACAAGGGCAACAAGAAGGGGAACCUGGACUGGCAGGGCCAGGUCCUCGUCACGAGCAGCAUCGCCGGCUUCAACAAGAAGGCUCCCGGCGGGUGGCCUUACGGGCAGUCCAAGGCGGCGGCGACACACUCCGCGAAGCAGUUGUCCGUCCUCCUGCCCAAAUGGGGCAUCAGGGCGAACGCCUUGGCGCCCGGACUGUUCCCCAGCGAGAUGUCGGCACCUAUCGUCGAGAAAAUGGGAGGCAGCCUUACUGGAGGGGACCUGAUCCCGCUGGACAAGAGCGUGGUCCCUCUGGGAAGAAUGGGCGAUGCGCAGGACAUGACGGGCACGGUUCUUUACCUCGUGUCGCGGGCUGGGGCGUACCUGAAUGGCAAUGUCACGGUCAUCGACGGAGGCAGGUUGGGCACAUUCCCUGCCGUAUACUGAUUUCGUCAGAGCGGAUACAUGACACCAACUUAUUUCUUGUUGCACGGGUUCUCGGACCGAUUUUUUGGCUGCCGCUUCGAGCCUGGGAUAGAAUUAGAACUCGUAGCCAGAUUUUUGCAAGUGUUCAAUGAACAUCAGUCUAGCGA